CAACGAAGAAGACCAACACCCCUCCGGCUUCAGCCGGGGCUUGGAGUUAUAAGUAGGCUGCAUAUUUCUGUCACUGGGGGUAAACAAGGAUCCAGCUGUGUACCGUCUGUACGAUAUGACAGGAAACAUCUGGCAGCUAGCAUGUUAGCAACAUCAGACUUGACAACAUUAAGGCUUCGUUCCGAUGUCAGGGACACACUAGAAAGCUAAUAGGAGGACUGGAGCCAGUAUACACGUUACAGUCCAGAUCCCUUUUAUUUUUCUGGUUUUCCACUGGAGACAAAUGGUUUUGAGUCAUGGAUCAAGGUGUUGUGGACGGUCCUGUCACCCUUGUCAUCAGGGCACCCAACCAGAAGUACAAUGACCACACCAUCAACUGUUGCCAGAACUGGACUGUGGAGAAACUCAAAGCGCACAUCUCAGAUGUAUACCCAAGCAAACCAAGCUCCAAAGACCAGAGGCUGGUGUAUUCUGGGAAGCUGCUUUUGGAUCACUUUACCCUAAAAGAUGUGCUCAGAAAGCAGGAUGAGUACCACAUGCUCCAUCUGGUGUGCGCCUCACGAACUCCUCCCAGCUCCCCGAAGCCCCCUCGCAGCCGCAGUAACAAGCCUCAGGAGAACACGGCCGGUCCCACGCCUCUUCAAAACACUACUAGUCCUGCCACUGGUCAACAUAGCCUCUCACCUCCAGCAGAGAGCAGUGAUGGUUUCAGACAGCGAACAGGACCCUUCCCUUACCACCAGAUGUAUCCACAAUUUAUGCAAAGCUGGAAUCAGUUCCCCCCUCAGUCAACUGCUCCCACAAACAUGCCCGCUUACAUCAACCCCAUGACGCUGAUGUGGUGGCAGCAGUUGUACGCCCGGCAGUACUACAUGCACUAUCAGUUACUGGCUGCCUCCUCUCAACACCUCAGGCCGGAUCAGCCUCCGACUCACUUAAACCAGCCCGACCCUCUGAGCCAGCGGCCUCAGGCGGACCACCGUGGCAACCAGGAAGUCCAGAUGAACGCCCAGGGAGGGGAGAUCCUGAACGAGGAUGAGCUGAACCGGGAUUGGCUGGACUGGGUGUACACGUUCUCACGUGCUGCGAUCCUACUCAGCAUAGUGUACUUCUACUCCUCCUUCAGCCGCUUUGUCAUGGUGAUGAUGGCCAUGCUGGUACUUUACCUGCAUCAGGCCGGCUGGUUUCCCUUCAACCUGGAGAACGAGCUCCAGCUUCCUGGAGACAGAGCCAAUCAGGACGACAUGGAGGAAGAGCUACAAAACCAGGACUUACAGGAAAUGGAAGGAGUGAUAGAUGACGGCUCGGACGACGAUGGGGAAAGUGGAGAGGAAGGAGCAGAAGAUCCUAACAGCGCCCCCAACGCGGGCUUCCUGUCCUCCACAUGGUCGUUCAUCAUAACCUUCUUCAUGUCCCUCAUCCCGGAGGGACCGCCAAACGCUGCUAACUGAACCACGAGCCGCCACAGUUCUCCACAAGGGCACAUUGUUUCUUAAAGACGAAGACGAGUAUCCUGCCUGCUUAGGGAAACUGUUUCUGUUGCAGUACCGUGUUAUAGUUUCCAAAUAGUGUACUUUACUACAUAUCCAAGACUCUGAGCCAAAACGCAAGGACUGAUUUAACAUGAGAAAUGGUAAAAACAUUUUUAACUUUCAAAUGACACAAACAUUAGUUCAACCGCAAGGAUGGCUAGUGAUGCCUUGUAAACAUAGUAAAAAUAAUAAGUGUCUGCCAAUGCAUUGUUUCUGCAUUUAUAAAGUAGGGACAACAGGCACAUUUCUAAUUACAGCAUUUGUGUGUUUAACAACCUAUAUCUAUUCUUUUUUUCCUUUCUGAGAAGCUGCAAUGUUUGUGGAAAUAGUUUUGUUGGAAUUAUUAUGAUUUCUUUUGUCAUGUUAUAUACAAAUAAGACAAUUUAUUUUAAAAAGGGCCACUUUAGUCCAAAGAGUCAUGUAGCGCCUGUGGUAAUUUACAGGAGUGAAAAAUGUGUCAGAACACAUUGUGUACUGUGUUGAAGUGUAUCCCAGAGUGAUGUUGGCUACAGAAGUGUGACUUUUUUUUCAUUUUUAUUUUAACUGGAGUGAGAAUUGAGCGAGGCAGAAGGAUUGAUCUUCCACCAUUACUGGAAUAUCAAACAGGACGGUUGUUGUUGGGACUGGAGUGGCAUCGAGCGGAAAAAGAGAGACCUUGCACUGCCGCAAUUCAGAGUUCAUGUUGGACAAAACUUACACCUCUCGAGUGAGUGAAAAUGGCUGAUGCUGUUACCUUUUGACAUGUUCUGUACCAAUAAUAAUCAUGUUUAUUAAAACUUCAUUCAUGGCAAUGUAGUCAUGUGGA